GGCAGUGAGUGCCGAGGUCGCUGCAGGGGGAGGGUGUGUCGUGUGGCCGUGCCGUCUGAGCCGGGUUAGCGCGCGAUACAGAGGUACCGGGUGGGGCGGCGGACGCAGUGUCGGCUGCCGAUGGUCGAGGUCAGGUCAGGUCACCGGGUCAGGGCUGCGGCCGCACGGUGGCGACUCGGUCCGCCGCGCCAGGUCAGCUCCGAUGUGAAGGCCGAGAUCCAGACCAGUCCCGCGCGGGCCAGGAUGGCAAGGAAGGUGGCUCCUGGGAGGCUUAUAUGUCUUCUGAUUGUCAUCACCUGCUUAUUCAGAAGUGCAAUAGCCGGCGAUUUGAAAGGUCUGGAUAUCGACUGUUCAAACGAGGGCCAACUGAUGGACAUCCCGUCCGUCACAGACGACCCGUGCAUCACGUGCAGGUGUAUGAACCGGUGGGUCAAGUGUGACCGAGAGGUGUGUCCCAUGGCGGACACGUGCCACCUGGUACUGGAGGGACAAAAACUGCGCCCAGACUCCUGCUGCGAAAAGUGCAAAGGCUGUCAGACGGCGGCGGGUCGGUUUUCCGAGGGGGACGCGUGGACAGACCCCAGUGACCCGUGUCAGCUGAAUCACUGCUUCAGCGGCGUGGUCACCGUCUCCAAAAUCCAGUGCCACACGCCGUGCGCCAGUCCGCUGCCGGCGGCGGCCGGACAGUGCUGUCCGCGCUGUCCGGGCUGUCUGCUGUCCGGUCAGCUGCUGGCGCCCGGCCAGAACCUGACCCUGCUCAGUGACCCGUGCGUGACCUGCCGGUGUGGCCGGGACGGCACUCACCACUGCCACCGACAGGUGUGCCCGGCGCUCUCCUGUCCGUACUCGGAGAGCAAGCGGGAGCCGGGCCAGUGCUGCGACAGCUGCACAGGCACGCGACGGAUCAAGCCCAGCGACGGCUGUGUGAUGGGCAAGCGGCGCUUCUCAGAUGGCCAGAACUUCACGCUGGACCCGUGCACGCAGUGCUCGUGCCAGGGCUCGACGAGCGUGUGCGCGCGCCAGAGCUGCCCGGAGCUGGCGUGUCCGCUGGUGCACCAGGUGUACAGUCCGGACCGCUGCUGCCCCGUCUGCCGGCGGCCGGAGCGCGUCCGGCGCGUCUGCCGGUACCUCGGCAAAACCUACGAGGACGGCGAGUCGUGGCCGAUGCGGAACCCGUGCGCCUCGUGCACCUGUUCGGGGGGCCAGCCGCGCUGUGAGUUCCAGAUGUGUCCUCCGGAGGGCCCCGACUGUCCGGCCGGCCACCACGCCGCCCGACUGGCCGGACAGUGCUGCGAACAGUGUGUCGAAGACGACGCCGUCUGCACGGUAUUCGGCGAUCCGCAUUACAACACGUUCGACGGCAAAAUGUACAACUACCAGGGUACGUGCAAAUACCAGCUGGCCAAAGACUGCGUGGACAAAUCGUUCUCGAUCCGGGUCAACAACAGCCCCCGGCGGAGUCGCUUCUUCAGCUGGACACAGUCGGCCACCAUAAAGACGGCGAUGCUGCAGGCGGGAGACCUGAGGAUAGCGUUGCGACAGAAGAAGCGGGUCAAGGUGAACAACCGGAGGGCCGAUCUGCCCUACUUCGAGCUCGGAAAGGUGUCCAUCAGCCAGGACCCGGACGACAACUACAACGUGGUCGUCAAGCUCAGCGACCUGGGCGUCAGUGUUCUUUGGGACGGCGACAGUUUUCUGCAGGUCAAGGUGCCGCCCUCCUACAAGAACAAGAUGUGUGGCCUGUGUGGAAACUACAACGGCAACAAGACGGACGACUUCACCACGAGAAGAGGUCGUCAGGUCAAGCUGACCAGGCGGUUCGCCCGCUCCUGGCUGGUGGGAGCUCGCACCCUCUGUAUGGCUCAGUCCCGACGUCAGACGCGUCGCCACCGUAAACGGAAGCCCAAGUCGUGUGGCGGCGACCGGGCCGCGCGAGCCACCGCAGUCCGACAGUGUAACCGGCUGAAAUCGGCCCGGUUCGCCGACUGUCACCCAGAGGUCCACCCGGCGCCCUUCUUCAAGUCGUGUGUCCAAGACAUGUGUGAGUGCGGAAAGCGUAAGACGUGCUACUGCGAGGCGCUGACUGCCUACUCACACGCCUGCCAGCGGAAGGGUAUCGCCGUCGACUGGCUGGAGGGGACAGAUUGUGCAGCUCCCGUGCAGUGUCCGAAGAGCUCCCGCCCGGUGGACUGUGUGCCCGACUGUCAGCCCUCCUGCGAGGCCCCCUCGCCGACCGGUGAGCAGUGCGCUCCUCCGGCGGCCGGCGGCGCCCCCUGCCGGCCCGGCUGCGUCUGCCAGGAGGGCCUGCUGCUUCACGAGGGCGCCUGUGUGCCGCCCGAGCGCUGCCCGGUCCGGUAACAGCGGUACCAGCGGGACGGCGGCGUCAGGCGGACUGAUGGAGCUGUGUGUGAACUGAUACUGACGUCAGGUGAACUGACGGAGGCGUUUUGUGGACUGACGGUGCGUCAGACGAGCUGAGAGCGGCGCCAGGUGAACCGAGAGCGGCGCCAGGUGAACUGAGAGCGGCGCCAGAUGAACCGAGAACAGCGCCAGUUGUGUUGCAGUGAGACGUGAUUGCAUGGUGAGCUAUGCAAUGAUGCCUGUGCCACGGGACCCUGACGCCGCCUGCAGGGCGAUCACACGGACGUAUGGACGGACUGUGGUCUGACGUCACGUCACAGCCGUGACGGAGUGGUGAAAACGGUCACGUGACGAGUGCCCGACCGGUGUGUGUCGUCGCAUUGCGCACCAAAGCCAUUGAAGCCAGUAUUCUGAGAGACCAGCCAGCCGGCUGCUCCACUGAUUAGUGGUGUCGAUGUCAGCCAAAUGUGCAGCAGACCCAUCCUUUCUACAGGUUGCCAGCCUUCAACGUCAUCGCCUCAUGUCUAUGACAGAGUGCUAUCGACUGCAAUAUUUUUUUUUUUCAAUGCGCUACCGAUGCUGGGUUACAGCGAGCACCCUCGGCCCAGGCCUCUAAUGAGUGCCUUGUUUCAUGCCUGAAGCGGUGCAGUAUCAGAGCAGUCUCCUAAUGCUGUGCGCUCGACACACUAUGUAUAGUAACGGAACCUGAACGUUUUAGGCCUUCCGAAUUGACAUACGCCUUUCUCGGAGACCCUCGGUCGCAGUCGAAGGACUCGAGAGUGCUGGUGCAUUGCAGAUCUGAUGGACUAUGUCUCGUCUUGUGUCACGUUCAUUGUGUCCCGGGAUGAGUGCGUUUCGGUGUCACUGUGAGUCGGUGGACGACUGGUGCAUGUGGUGUCUGCGGAGCGAGUGUUUGACGCCUGUCGAUGGUUUACGCGCAGAGUAUUAACCUUCUUUCAGUCAGUCGCCGUCGGAAGCCUAAUUGAUUCUAUGACUCGUUUCUAGUCAGCCAUGCGUUAAUGACCAUGCAAUAAGUGAUAGUAUUACUGCGCGCCGGUGGCGAGCCGUGCCGACUGCCCACUUUGCCUUCCCAAAGGAGCCACUGUCCGGGGCUGUGAGACCACGCGCCUGUCGUGUGCUAUUUGUUGUAGUUUUUACUGAUAUAUGAAUAAGGACGUGAAACUAA